AUGAACGUUCAAGACAUUUACACCGAAGUUGGCAAGCGGUACUCAGCCGCUGCAGGAGGAGUAGAAGUUCGAUAUGCCGAUUCUGUGGCGAAAGCAUUUGGGUAUACAAAGGAGGAAUUGGCAGAUAUUCCUCAGGAUGCCAACUUGGGCCUCUCUUGUGGCAAUCCUCUCGCGAUCGCGACUCUGCGUGAAGGAGAAACCGUGAUUGAUCUUGGAAGCGGUGCUGGUUUUGAUGUCUUCCUCGCCGCGCGAAAAGUAGGGGAAAGCGGCAGGGUUAUUGGCGUGGACAUGAACGAGGAUAUGCUUAAAAAGGCAGAGGCACUAAAGGCUUCAUGGGGCCAGAAAAAUGUUGAGUUCGUCCGGUCUCAGAUCACGCGCAUUGCUCUCGAAGACGGCAUCGCGGAUUGCAUCAUCUCCAAUUGCGUCGUCAAUCUUGUCCCCGAAGAGGAGAAGCAGCUCGCUUUUAAUGAGAUGUUUCGUCUCUUGAAAACGGGUGGACGGGUUGCCAUUUCGGACAUUCUUGCCAAGGGCCCGCUGCCAGAUACUAUCAAGAAGAGCAUGGCUUUGUACGUCGGCUGCAUUGCCGGAGCAAGCGAGGUGGGGAUGUACGAGAAGUACCUGAAAGAAGCCGGCUUCAAUGGCAUCGUCAUACAGGAUUCGGGAAACGAUUUGAAUGUCUAUCAUAAUGAGACAUCCGAUAACUGCUCCAACAGUCUCCCCGCUUGCAACUCUGAUUCUGCGGAACAGGACAGAGGUUGCUGCACAGAUACCGGUUGCAGGCCGACCGAAAGUGACGCGGUCAAUGUUCGAGACAUUGACUUCAAUGAAUGGACUGCUUCGUACAAGAUAUUCGCCAUCAAAGAUUGA